GCAGCCCUGCCAUGGCCAGCUUUGGGCUAGGCCUCCUGGUGCUAAUGCUGACCACCCACCCUGAGCCCUCGAAGGCUCAGCACUGCUCCCACAGCUGGCACCCUGAAGGAAAGCAAGCCUCCAGCUCACUCCAUGACCCCCAACAUACUCCUGGGCCCUCAGCUCACAGCCCAGGCCAAAUUGUCCCCAACCUCCCAAGCGAUGUUCUGGCUCCCCCUGAGGACAGUGUGCCCUGGGAGAGUAGGACCAUGGCCUGGUGGCUUCUCCACAGGAAGCAGCACCUGGUGCAGACACUGCUGGUAAGUAAGCUAAGAACUGGCUGGGGGUGA